GGCACAACAAAAAAAAAACACGACAAACAAAAUAGAAAAUUAAACUAAACUAAUUAACGCCAUGGAAAACCUCAACUAGAGAAGGCAGAGCGGCCUUUGCGGUAGAUCAAUUAAAGAUAUAUUUUAUAGAAAAUUGCCGAGCAGGAGGCAGCAGCGGAUCGACCCAAAUAAAUGUGCCCCUGAGUCAGUUUUCCCUCAGAGCUGAUAAAACCGUCACAGUGCACAACAAACCAACGAAUCGAUCCAAGUUCGGACGAUUCCCCCUACCUCUCCCCCCUGCCACUGCUAAUAAUUGAUAAUGGCACCGACACGCAGACCCAGCGAUGGCCUGCUGGCCCGCGUCAAUUUCCCAUUGUAUGCCGUGGAUAUGCUGACCAGCCGCCACAUUCUGGUGGCCGGCGGUGGUGGUUCCAGCAAGACGGGCGUUGCAAAUGGCUUUGAAAUCUAUGAGUUGUACCACAAUGGCAGCCACUUUUGUGCGGAGGAAGUGCUGCGCCAUGAGACGGGCGCGAAUGUGGUGAUGAAUUUCGCGGUGCGGAACAAUGGACGUAGGGGCUAUCUGUGUGCUGGGCAGGAGGCGCAUUGUCAGAUGUACUAUGUCCAGCCGCGCAUCGAAACUGAGGAGGAUGGCGACAAUAAACCCAAUCCCGUGGAGCGGCCCCAUGAGAACGGGAAUGUUAGGCAGCGAGGAGGUGCAGCUGGAGCGGCAGCCCAUUCGGGUGUAGAGUUCAUAGCCAAUGGCCAUAAGCCACCCACCACGGCUGAGGAUCUACUUAAGCAGUUCCAGCGCCUGCGCUUCGACAUCCAGGCGGCGGAUGUGGUGCAAACGGAUUUCCUCAAGAGCUCAGAGCCACUGCAGCGGGUGGUGCGCAUCAGUGGCAAUGGCCGGCUAAUGGCCACUGGCGGCACCGAUGGAAAGCUGCGCAUUUGGGCGUUUCCACAGAUGACACUGGGCGCCGAGCUGCCGGCGCAUAGCAAGGAAAUCGAUGACCUGGACUUUAGUCCCGACAGCAAAUACAUUGCGAGCAUUUCCAAGGACUCGCAGGGACUGGUGUGGGACCUGAGCACGGGCAAGCUGCAGCACAAGCUGCAAUGGCAAACGCCCGAAGGCGCCAAGUAUCUGUUCAAGCGUUGUCGCUAUGGCACCGUGGAGGCGCGCAAGGACAACUACCGGCUGUUCACCAUCACCAAUCCCCUGGGCAAGGUGGGCAAACAGCGGGGAUAUCUGCAGCACUGGGACUGUGCCAGCGGCAAGCUGCGCCAAGCGGUGGCCAUCGAUGAGAGUUUAUCCUCGCUGGCAGUGCGCGAUGAUGGCAGAUUUGUGGCCGUGGGCACCAUGUUCUCGGGCAGCGUAUCCAUGUACAUAGCAUUUAGUUUGCAGCGCGUUUUGCACAUUCCUCAUGCUCACUCAAUGUUCGUGACGGGCCUGCAAUUUCUGCCCAUAACCAAUGAGGAGGGUCCACCCAUCUCGAGCGAUACAGAGGCGGCUGUGCUGUCCAUCUCUGUGGACAAUAAAGUCUGCAUUCAUAGUCUGGCCCAAAGGCGCUCUAUUCCUGUCUGGUUGGCCAUUGCCUUUAUGAUUGUCAUGAUAUUCGCCGUGUUUGUGCUUUGCUCCUACAUUGGCAUCUGAUGGGAGGUGGAGAUGCCGCAUAGUUGGGCGACACGUUAAAUCAAUUUGCAUUAUUAGUUUGUAAAGCAAGGUUUAGUUUUUUGUAAUAGGCCCCAAGACCCACACCCAAACCCAUCCCGUCCCGUCCCGUCCCCUCUCUCUCGUUAAUUAAUUUAAGUGUAUAGUUUUUUGUGCCCCGCUGCCUUAUCUCCCACACGAACUGCAAUCUUUUUUGCUUAAUUAUAUCAUAAUUCUCCUUAUCUCUCGCUCUGACUCUCCCCCUCACCACACCACUUGGCAGCUCUGCCAUAAUUGUAAAUGAUUGUUUUGAUUCUAAUAUUAAUUGGUGUUUAGUUGUAUGAAUCAAACAGGUGAAUGAAUGGACUGGACUGGUGCCUCGACUGCAGCAGUUCCAGCAGUCAAAUUACAACAACUCAUGUAAAACUAAUUUUUUAUAAUCGAAAUGUUUGUUAACCGAAUACAGGUGGAAGGGGACAAUCCCCCCCACACAUUCUACUGAA